AUGCCGCCGGAGCCGCUGCCCAAGGCGAGCGCCCGCUGCCUCGACCCGCCCGGCCGCGCCAUGUCGCAGCCCGACGCGGAGCCGCUGCCCGGCGCCCCGGACCGCGAGGACGCCCGCUCGGCGCCCAGCACGCCCUCCACGCCGUCCGCGUGCUCGCCGCCCUCCUCCUCCGCCGCCUCCACGCCGCCGGCCGGCAAGAACGUGUGCUCCAGCUGCGGGCUGGAGAUCCUCGACCGGUACCUGCUGCAGGUGAACAACCUCACCUGGCACGUCCGCUGCCUGGAGUGCUCCGUGUGCCGCGCCUCGCUGCGCCAGCAGCACAGCUGCUACAUCAAGAACAAGGAGAUCUUCUGCAAGGUGGACUACUUCAGCCGCUUCGGUACCAAGUGCGCCCGCUGCGGCCGGCAGAUCUACGCCAGCGACUGGGUGCGGCGGGCCCGCGGCAACGCCUACCACCUCGCCUGCUUCGCCUGCUUCUCCUGCAAGCGGCAGCUCUCCACGGGCGAGGAGUUCGGCCUCGUGGAGGAGAAGGUGCUGUGCCGCAUCCACUACGACACCAUGAUCGAGAACCUCAAGCGAGCGGCGGAAAACGGCAACGGGCUCACGCUGGAGGGGGCCGUGCCCUCGGAGCAGGACAGCCAGCCCAAGCCCGCCAAGAGGGCCCGCACCUCCUUCACCGCCGAGCAGCUGCAGGUCAUGCAGGCGCAGUUCGCUCAGGACAACAACCCCGACGCCCAGACGCUGCAGAAACUCGCCGACAUGACGGGGCUGAGCCGCAGGGUCAUCCAGGUUUGGUUUCAAAACUGCCGAGCGCGCCAUAAAAAACACACGCCGCAGCACACGGUGCCGCCCUCCGGAGCCCCCCCGUCCCGCCUCCCCGCCUCGCUGCCCGACGACAUCCACUACUCCCCGUUCAGCAGCCCGGAGAGGGCCCGGAUGGUCACCCUGCACGGCUACAUAGAAAGUCAGGUACAGUGCGGCCAAGUGCACUGCCGGCUGCCCUACACCGCGCCGCCCGUGCACCUCAAGGCAGACAUGGAAGGACCGCUACCCAACAGGGGGGAGAAGGUCAUCCUCUUUCAGUACUGACUGCGCGAGCCCCUCCUCACCCGUCCACGGCGCUACCAGCACCACUGCCCCUCGGUCGCUGAAAUGCAGUGUCCCGCCCGAGGCAGCUGUGAUCCCUCAUGCAGGAGAAACUCAGAUCCAGCGUUCUCGGUUGUUUCCAUUGACCAGCAUCUAACAUCCACUGUUAUUUCUCCAGCAACACUGUGUGUGUGUGUGUCGAGUGCACAGUUACAUUUUUCACUUGUUUCUUGUGGACUUGUAGAGUGACAGUGAGUCUCUCCAAGGCAGUGCCAGACGCAGUCAAAAUUAGUGACUCUGCUGUGCUUACAAUCUUGCUUCUGAAAUCGUGGGAAUAUGAACGAAACAGUAAAUCCGAGUCACGGGGGUUCGAUGACCGCCUAUCAGUACAAAGAGAGGAGGAAUUCCCGUGGUUUGGCCUGAUUCUCUUUUGCACCAGUGAAGCGCUGCUGGUCCCAGGACACCCCUCCUCGCUGACACUCGCGUGGGUGAGAGCUGAAGUGGGCUCUUUGGCUCAGCCGCUUGACACCUAUACAGACCUUCCUGAGCCAAACGCCUUGGUAGCUGUGACUCCACUAAGUGGAAACCGCGAAGCCCGCUGGAAAUAGGCAGUUUCUUUUCCUCCUCAAAGUGCUUUAGAACCACAUGUCCUUUGCUGGCUCUGCAAGGUAAGUAAACCUUAGGGUUUCCCCCCAUUUUGUUGGAGGGGAAACUGAGAUGUCCUGGACUGAAGGGGGCAGUGGGGCUUGGUGGCAGAGCCAGGCUUAGCACUCUGACGGUUUUGAUUGCCAACUCGUUCUCAGAGCACUGAAUAUAUCUCUUGUCUCACAGCCAUCUGCCAAAUCCUCAUUUUUUUAUUCUUAUAUCUUAUUAACAAACUACUUUAUUUCUUUGGAUUCGUAUUGGAUCAUGAAUGGGUGAUUGCAGAACGCACCUACACAAACCUCUUAGCCGCGCAGUGCCCCGGGACUGGGGCGUCCUGAGUGGGGGCUGGCCGUAACGCGUAGAAACGCUGUGCUCUGCUAUGGCCCCUGCAAGGGGGCUCCAGCAACGAGUUCAGUCGGGGAAAACAGCCGGGUAGAAAUCCGAGACCAGUUAAGAAAGUGGAAACGACAGUGCCUGUAAGGCCGGCAGGAGCAGUCGCUAGCCGAGCGCACAGCAACGCGAUGGCGUGUCCUCUCACCGGCAGCGUUGCCUGCUUACCUCUGCCCUCGUGGUGCUCUCCGUUGCUGGCGUCUCGCUGCCGCUGCUGCCAAGCCCUCGGCUGCCGGCGCAGCCAGCACGCCUGCUCUCGCAGGAGAGGCGGCGCGGGGCUCACCUCGGAGGCUGCCUCGCUGCGGCAACAAAGGAAGUACUCAGCGCUCUGGCUCCCGAUCAGGAAAAAAGCUCUGAAAUGAUACUUCAUUGACGGUAAUAACAAAAAGUAAACAACUAACAUUUGCCAGCCCUUCUCAGUUUGCACCAAGCCAAGAUUAGGUCUGUAACAAAACCCCUCUCCGUGUAAGCACACCGGUCUCUCUCGCUGCUCCAUCCCGGCCAGGCAGCGUUUCCAAGAAUGCGAAAGCCUACUAUGAGCCGCAAUUAAUGUGUGAUGGGACCGAGCUGUGCCCGAGGAACAGAAGACAGGAAUCCAUCAGUUACGUAACUUGUUUUUAAUUCGAACUGUAGAUACAUGUGUUUUUCUCUCCGGGAGAUCCUGGAUCCAUCUCCGGCGUCGGCCGGGUGCGCAGCCGUCCCGCCGGUUCAGCCGGGCAGUGCUGCAAACGCGGAGAGCCCUUCCCCGGCUGCGCCUGCGGUGCCGCGCGGCACAGCUGGGUGACGAGCUGCUCCCGCCGAGCGCGGGCCACUGCCACCGCGGCGCUGGCUGCAGGGAGGGCUGGGGGUCUGCCCCGGUGCCACCACGAGCUCGCCAGCUGAGAAGUAACUGAAUGCAUUGCGCAUAUAAAUAUAUAUGUGUGUGUGUGUGUGUGUGUG